GUAUGAUAUGAUGAUACUAGUUUGUAACACACUGUAGUGAAUAUUUGUAUGGCACACCCAAGGUCUAGGUUUCACUUUUGUUUUCACUUACACAAAGUCACAUGUCAUAGCCUUCAAAUAGCCUUUGUGAUCCAAGACCAUGGAUUCAGUGAGGUAUGAGGAAAGUACCACGCAACCUAAGCUGCAUCCUCAUUGGCUGGGAUGUUCAUUUAUGAGGGAAACUCCCAUGGAUGUACCUGCUUUGAGCACUGCAAUCUCACCAUUCACUCUGAUGUAUUCUGCGACACAAGCAAGCUUUUUUGAGUCAGGCGAGUGUGACGUUCAAACAAACAAAAAUGUUAAACGUGUUGAGGAGGAAAAAAAAGAGUGGGAAUGAAGAGACCCCUUUAAUGAAGAACAUAGAGCAGACAGAUGGGGAACAGACAUCUGAAUACAGUUCACAGCAACCUGGAGUUCCUGAUCUCAUUGCUCUAGAUGUUGAAGCGAGUAACAAGAGAGUGCUUAAUACUCUCCGAAUGAUUCUGAGUGACCAGUCAGCCCCUGAGGACUUUGACACUGCAGCUGAGGUGUUGAAAACAUGGAGCAAACUGAACAACAGCUACUCUCAAGACUGGCUUUCUGAGUACCUUCAAGAAAUAGAUCAGUUUGUGGAGAACCACUUUCCCACGCUGCCAGCAGAGGGACCACAAGGAUCUCCGUUAGAGCAGAUGCAAGAUUUUCUAAAGAGUGCACAGAGUACUAUAAAUGAUGAGGUUUGCCGAUUAACACCUUUACUGACAGAUGCUGGACUGCUAGUUCAUCUGAAGGACGGUUACAGCCGUCACCUCUUUACCAACCUGGACCUGCUCCUAAACAGAGAUCUUUCAGCCAAUGAAAUCUUCUGCCUUAUUAUGUGGGGAAAAAAGGUUUUCUUCAGUCCAGGCUCACAGCAUUUCUUCAGAGUGUAUGACCCUCUGCUGGUGACAGGUUGGUUUGAGAGAGCAACGAGGAAGCUGCUGCCAAAACUGCAGAAUGACAUCUCCACGACCCUACAGAACAUCCUACAUUAUGAUAAGAAACACGGACAUCAUGAGGACUCAAUGGAUGAAGAAACCUUCAUCAGAGUUCACUUAGAUGUCACUCAGUGUCUGAAUGCUGUUAUUAACAAUUCUAAAGAAUUUAGUCACACCCUGAUGUGUACAGUACAGGCGCUCUGCCUUAAAGAGCUUCAUCAUUUUGUUCAGGAGUAUGUGCAUGCAGAGAAAAAAUGUCUGGGAAAACAGAAACCCCUGAACUCAAAAUAUGUGCAUCUGUUUCGGCUCAUCAGCACCAGUAGGCAACUCAGAUUUUUUGCUGAUCGACUCAACAAUCCGGAUAUAAACAACAGUAACGACAUCUCAAACAUCAUUCACAUGUUAGAGGAGCUGGAGGAUCACGUUCUGUCAGUUGUACAGAAGAUGAUGAAACGCUUAGCAAAGGACUAUUUAAGACAUUAUUUCAAAAAAGAUGGUGAGCAAAUUCAAAUGCUGACAGAAGCGGUUCAGAAGCAGUGUGCAUCGCUGCCUCAGACUGAUGUGGGAAAAGAGAUUCAGGAGAUCUUUGUGAAUGUAGCCUAUGACUGCAUUUCACACGUAUAUCUGGAUUGCCUGAUGAAGAGCAAGUUCAGGCGGCUAGAGAGGAGAUGGGGAAAUGUUGGAGAGAGGAUGAGAGAGGACGCUCUCAGUUUUCACAACACAUUUACUGAACUGAGCGGCAGUGAUGACCACAGGAACCAUCUCCUUCAGAGAAUGAGUGAAGUUCUGCUCUGCAGUGAUGUAGAUGCACUGAAGAUUACCUGUUGUGAUUUAUUCAGGGAUUUCCCUCAGGACAGUGAGCAGUAUGUACCUGGUCUGCUGCGCUGGAAGUGUGUGUUAUCAGAGCGACAGGUGAAGGAAGUGCUGGAUGUGAGCCGGGAUCUGGGUUUAGAUCUGAAGCCUAUGAAGGGACUUUGCUGUUGUCUUUGAUGUGAAUAACUCCCUCAGCCAGAUUUGUGAAACCUUUGUUUACAAGUUUAAAUAGAUGACUUUUGUGAACAUUAGUGAACAUUAGUUGUUUAUACGGGUAUAUUUAUAUUUUAAUCAGAUAAAAUAUCUUUUGAUUUUACUUGAAAAUAGGAUAUAAUUUUACUAUUUGACCACAUGGAAAAAUGUUUUAUGACCCUGUUUGGUAUGUCUUUUCUAUGAUAGUGUAAUAUAUUUUGACUGCUAUAAAGUAAAAUUUAAUUAUGGAAUUAAGCGAAAUCGACUUUACUAAGUUAUGUCAUUUCUUCUUAAUUAUUGCAAGUACUCAAGUACUUUCAUUAAGUCGUAACUUUAUUAAAACAAUAUAGCACUGAAAAAAAACUAUGCUAUUACGUAUAGCAUGUGGAUACUAAUAUAGAAUUUCCUUUUUUUUGUCUGAUCCAAAUUAAUGUAGAAAUUACAUUUGUUUUUCCGUAGUAUUUACUUGUCCACAAAAUAAUUUUCAUCAGUGAGGAUUGUAAAAACAUGUCCAGUUAUUUCUUAAAUUGUUGUAUUAUUUAAUAUUUAUAUUGGUUGUGUUUUUGUUUUUUAUUCUUAUUUGAAAAUAGGAGGAGUGUUUCUUUUAUGUAAGAUAAUUUUAUCAUACAAGAGUCAGUGGUACUAUAUGAAGUAACUUUAAGUGUAUGACAAGUGACUUUGGUACCUCAAUAAAGACAUAAAUGAACUUUUUAACAAGAUUCAUGCUUGCUUCUCUCGAUCUGCUGGAAUGCAUUGCAUUUGAAAUGCAUAUACAUUGUGUGUCUGUAUGGCUGAUUGAGUUAUUUUUCAAACAUAGGAAGCAGGAGGUAAAAUAAUGUACUCUACCACUACAUCCUGUGUUCCUGUAGAGGAUGCAACUCGUUGGGAAAUCUUAAUUAACAGAUUCUUUCAGGAACUACACAUGCAUUGUGACCACAGGUGUGUUUCCGAGCUGUAACUUCCAGCCUACUUGAGCCUAUCACACCAUAUCCUGUUUGCAGACAUCUGU